AUGAAACCCUGCCUGGCAAAAGGCCUCACCGGCCAUGGCUGUCUCUACAAAGAGGUCCACUGGUCCCCCACUGUCACCACCAUCCAAAACCCACAAUCUGACACCCCCGCCUCACGCCCCUCCUCAACCUUGGAUAUCGACUACCUCGAACACGUGCGAUCAUUCAUCGACCACCAAAGAGAAAACUUCGAACUAGAGCGCAGACUCUUCGCGGAUGAAAGACGACUCUGGGACGAAGAACGCAGAUUGCUAAAGUCGAAGAUAUUCGAGUUGGAAGCGAACCUGAGGGGAAACGCCAACGCCAACGCCAACGCCAACGCCAACGCCAACGGGUAUGGGGCCCACUCCAGCGUUGCUACUAACGCCAAGUCCGAUCUGUUCGGUCCACCUCUACCAAACCAUUCCAAGCAAGUGCGGGAGGGUUCCAACCCUCGGGGCAGGCUAGCGGGGAUUUUUGGGGAGGUGGAGAAAUCAUCUGACGAAGCAGUUUCUACACCCAAUUCUAGAGUGCCACGAGAGGUCAUCGCUCGGGUGAUGACGCCCCCGUCGCCAGCUGCACCGCCAGCGGCAGAGUCGCAGGAGACCUCGCCGUCGCCAUCCCCGACUUCGCGGCAUAGGAACGCUCUCAAGCUCAAGCUUUCCGAACUUGGCCCGCCGGACAGGAACCUGACAAGGGAUGCAGGUCACACACCCAUGGCGGCUGUUGUCGAAACAGAGACAGGCACGGAUCAACCGUCUCCCAGCGAGGGGAACUCGUUGUCUCGCCAGCCGACGGAAAAUUCAGAGUCUUAUUUUCCGGAUUUGCCAGAGGACCCCGCCUUGAAGGGUCCACUCUCCCUGUUGAACGAGGAGGAGCACGAUAGGGGUUUUCUGGAAGAGCUCAAUCAGAAGCUUAUGGAUCAGACGAGCGAUCCCUCUGGUGGCCACAAGGACCAAGACGAGGCUUCUAGUCAAGAUAAGCGACCAUGA